GCUUGCGUGCGGUCAAAGGUGAGAGCUCAGCGUUUUGAGGUGGAGAAAAGUUCUCAUGGUUGUAGUUGUGUCACCGAAAAAAAUUCAAUCGUUUCCAGACUUCCAUGAACUCGUGUUGAAGCAGCCAAGGGACCAAGCCUUUAGCAGAAUGGGAAUCAAACCUGGCCCUGUCCAGAUCAUCACCGUAUCCAAGGAUGAUCACUCCUUCGAGUUGAACACAGAAGCUCUGUCCCAGAUUCUGCUGGCUCCAGAGGUCAGGGACAAACACGUGGUCGUUCUGUCGGUGGCUGGAGCUUUCAGGAAGGGAAAAAGCUUCCUGCUUGAUUUCAUGAUUCGGUACAUGCACAGAAAGGAGGACAAGAACUGGCUGGGUCGGGAUGAUGAGCCCCUGACUGGUUUUUCAUGGCGAGGUGGUUCAGAACCAGAAACGACAGGCAUUCAGCUCUGGAGUGAGGUCUUUGUGGUUCAAAAAAGUGAUGGAACAGAGGUGGCUGUUGUCCUGAUGGAUACUCAGGGAGCGUUUGAUGACCAGUCCACCGUGAGGGACUGUGCCACCAUCUUUGCCCUCAGCACCAUGACCAGUUCAAUACAGAUCUAUAAUCUCUCGCAAAAUGUUCAAGAGGACGAUUUGCAGCAGCUGCAGCUUUUCACAGAGUAUGGGCGUCUUGCCUUGGACGAGAUAUUUCAGAAACCCUUCCAGUCCUUGAUGUUUCUGGUGAGAGACUGGAGUUUUCCGUAUGAGUACAAGUACGGCUUCAAGGGUGGAAACGAUUUCCUGGAUAAGCGAUUACAGGUGAAGGAGACCCAACACGAAGAGCUGCAGACAGUCAGGGAGCACAUCCAUUCCUGCUUCACCAACAUCUCCUGCUUUUUGCUGCCUCAUCCGGGGUUGAAGGUUGCCACCAGCCCUGCUUUUAAGGGACAACUUUGUGAUGUGUCCCCAGAAUUCAAAGAGCAGCUGCAGAGUCUGAUUCCUAAACUGCUGCAUCCAGAUUGGCUGACUGAGAAAGAGAUAAACGGAAACAAAGUCACGUGUCGAGGCCUGCUCGAGUUCUUCAAGGCGUACAUAAAGAUCUAUCAGGGAGAAGACCUGCCUCAACCAAAAACGAUGCUUAUGGCUACAGCGGAGGCCAACAACCUGGCAGCAGUGGCAGCAGCUAAAGAUCAGUAUCAGAAGAACAUGGAGAAGGUGUGUGGGGGCGACCUCCCAUACGUGGCUCCUGAGUCACUGCGGGAGAAACAUAGCUUCUUCUUUAAAGAGGCUAUUCACGCCUUUUCAUCCACAAAGAAGAUGGGCGGGCAGGAGUUUUGCGACCGUUACCAAGCGCAGCUACAAAAAGAGCUGGAAGAAAUGUGGCAGUCCUUGAGCAAGCACAAUGAGUCUAAAAACAUCUUCAGCGCCUUCCGGACUCCUGCCGUGCUCUUCGUCCUGGUCUGCCUCCUCUACGUGCUGUCGGGCGUCUUGCUCUUUGUCGGCCUGUCCACUUUCGCCCUGGCGUGUGACUACAGUUUGGGCUUGAUCAUGAUUGCCAUGCUGACUUGGGCCUUCAUCCGCUAUUCUGGCCAGUACCGGGGUGUGGGUGUGGCCAUCGACCAAGCUGCAGGUGUUGUUCUGGAGCAGGCCACUGUGGUGUUGAACAAGUCAAGAGGAGCAAACGCAAUAAACCUGAAGAAAUCCAACUAGAAGCCCCCCCCUCAGACAUCAGUGUGGGGGCUCAUUCAAGCAGCACACUACACAAGCACACUUUCAACACUAAAGCCUUAUCAUGCAUCAACUACAUCGGUAGAAGCACAACGCCAGGUCACCAGCAUCUCUAUUAUGCAGCUUCAGAAUCCUGUUUAAGGGACUUCAGCGUGUCGGUUCAUGUCUGCAGAACAAACUGCCCUUAUUCUAGAACUUUACUCUUCAUCUCAAAGGACGAGUCAGUGUUUACAUGUAUAUGUCAAAAAAAGGAAAACGCCUUGUUUUCUUUUUCAGGUCAAUUCAUCGUCCUUAGCUGGAUGUGUGGUGAGAGAUGAAUGGUCAGGGUGCCUUUUGAAACUUCAAAGGUCGUCCUUUAAACUGCUUUAAAGCAUCAACAUAAAUACUUUAUUUCUUGAAUUUAAAACAUUCCUCUUAAUUUGCUCUAAAUAAAAAGCAUCUACUAAAACAAUGAGCAUUCAUGCUUUUGACGACCAAAAACUUGUGUUCAGCAGCACUGCAGGUUUAGGAAAUCUUCUGCGACAAAUUUCAGUUUUAAUAUGAAAUAAAACUGAAAUUGCUGUAAAAACGUCACUCUUAAAAAAGGUUUUUACAAAGUUAAGCUAAUGACCGAACCAAAGAGUAAGCUUUAGAUAUGUUUCUGUUGUCUUCUGCAGUUAAUGCCUUAACGCCUCAGCUGUGAAAUGUAACCCUGACCUUUACUGCAGUAACAAUUAUAAAACCUGAAAAAAAACAAAUGACAAACAUGAUAUUUAGAUAAAUAAGAACCCAGCAUGCAUUUCUGCUGUGCAUGAAACCACAGCUGCGUCAUGGUGCUUUUUAGAAAACUGCAAUGUUUUUGAUUACAUUCAAAUACACUUUGAUGUUCUGAUUACAGAUUAUUUUAAACUAUUACAAAGAAUAUUCUAUAUAGUAUAGGUCACUUUGUUCAAAUUGAAUUAGUAAAAGAAGUAAACAAUGUUUACCAACUGGCCAACAUAAAAUUGUAAAUAAAACAAAAGUUUUGUUCGGCUGCCCUCAUUCUUCGAACACAUAAGUCAGUGGACCAAUCAGCUGCGGGUUUUUGGUCAUGUGACAUGUUCUAUACUCGCAAUGAAGCAUGUUGGAAUAUAAAAAGAUUAUGGUUAUUUGCACCAAUUAUCCUUUAACUUUAAGCGCUCAGACACAAAGCUGGAAUGCAGAUUUACAAAGCUUUCUUCCUGCAUCUGCUGCAUUGUUGUGGUAUUGAUUCUGAAACCGGGCCAAAAAUAUGUUUGUAGAAAUCAAAAUGUUCGACCAUCAUGAUGCACUUUUCUCUUUCCACAAGAGGAGAAACCUUCAGGAUGUCAGUUCAAACUGCACUUCCUCUCCUCUUUGGUGCUUUUUGCACAUAGCCCUUUUCAAAAGUCAUACAGGCAUGCAGUGUGGCUGUAACUGCCAUUGUAAUCAUCUCAUGCAGACUGCUGUAGCAGUGAUAAAUGCUGUUUUAUACUGAAUAAAUAAAGCUUGGCACUGGUAAAUGGA